AUGAAAACAGUUUCAAAACUUAGCAAUAUUUUACGUGCUCGAUGCCUUGUUGAUCUCCAUACUAGUAACAUUCCACGUGCUCAAGUCACUGUUGAAAACGUUGGCGCAACUACACCACGUGGAAAUGAUAACUCAACGCUGCACCAAACGCCUCAAUUAGAAGAGACAUAUCCUUCUUCAGACGAAAAUGAAAAUCAAGAGAAGCAAAGUGUACAACCUGAAGACUUGCCUGAAAGACAGAUUAGUGAUUCUAAAAUUAAUAACUCAAUUCAACGCGAUGGAAAUCUCCCGUUUAAUGAAACAAUCGAAAAUUUAACAUUCAUUGGAAGCUUUGGCGCAACUACACCAUCAUAUCGACCAGCAGAAGGUCAACCUACAACAGAAGAAAUUGGCGAAGUACCGAAUGAAAAAGUUAACAUUGAACCGUAUUUAACUCGUGGUAAAAGUGAUGACCGUAUCAUUGAGAGUGCAAUGCGACCAGGCGACCUUAAAGAUUUGUUGAUCGGCGGCAGCCUCGUCAUUCCCUUAGCGUGCGUGAUCGGAACUGUAAUCGGUGCUUGUGCAUUAUAUAUGAAUUAA